AUGGCAUCCGUUCGACCAUUCAAGAUUGACGUCCCACAAGUCAAGCUCGACCGACUUCAGCAAAAACUCGCCCUUGCAGAUUUCCCAGACGAACCCAGUCAUGUCGAGCCUUGGUCAAGAGGUGUUCCUCUCCCGACGAUGAAACAGCUCGUCCGGUAUUGGCGAGAAAAGUAUGACUGGCGGAAAGCGGAAGCUCAGCUCAACCGCUUCCCACAGUACACCACCCAAGUGGAGCUCGACGGGUUUGGAACAUAUAAUGUCCACUUUGUUCAUCGACAAAGCGAAGUCAAGAAUGCCAUCCCUCUGCUCUUCAUACAUGGCUGGCCCAGUAGUUUCAUGGAAGCAAUCAAAAUCCUGCCCGAGCUCGUGAAAGGGGGACCUGAAUUCCCGGCAUUUCAUGUUGUCGCGCCCAGCCUGAUGGAUUACGGGUUCUCGGAUUCAACCAGAAAGAGAGGAUUUGGGGUUAACGAGCAUGCCGAGAUCUUCAACAAGCUUAUGCACGUCCUGGGAUAUAAUCAGUACGUGGUCCAGGCCGGAGACGUGGGCUACUUGAUAUCACGCUUCUUGGUUCAGAAAUACCCCGAAUCGUGCCGUGCGCAUCAUGCCAACAUGACCCAGCCCAACAAGCCGACUCAAGAGGACAAUCCAGACCUAUUUGCCAAGAUGGUGGCCAUCGGGCCGACCAAAGAGGACGAAGCAUUGCUUGCUCGCCACGGCAAGUUUUUCAAAGAAGAGGCAGGCUACUUUCACAUCCAGAGCACGCGUCCACAGACCAUUGCGUACAGUCUGGCUGAUUCACCAGUCGGUCUCCUCGCCUGGAUCUACGACAAACUGGUCGGACUCACCGACGACUAUCCCUUUACAGAGGACGAGAUCUUGACUUGGAUCAGCAUCCAUUGGUUCUCUACUGCUGGUCCCGGUGCACCACCGCGUAUCUACUACGAGUUUUGCAAUAAGGAACCAACCUCCGAGAUUGUCCAGUCAGGAAGAUGGGCAGAUGCACCAUUAGGGGUGGCUCGAUUUCCAAAGGAGCCAAGCAACCUCCCGAAAUUGUGGCACGAGGGAUUAGGUCCCAUCGUGCAAUGGACCGAGUUCACGAGAGGAGGUCAUUUUGCGGCCUAUGAGAUGCCCAAAGAGCUGUUGGCCGAGGUCAGAAAGAUGUAUGGAAAGGAUGGAGGUGCGGCAGGGAUCGUCGAGGGACGAAGUGGUUAUGAUUGA